UAGUAAGAUAGAGCAUUUCUUUGAAUCCAACACCAUGUAAUGUUCUGCUCUCCCUGCAUGGAGGUCUAGCUACAUGCUUGUCACCCCGGACCCUGCAUUCACUAUGUCCGCUCUCCCCGGACCCCGCUUUCACUAUAUCCGCUCUCCCUGGACCCCGCAUUCACUAUAUCCCCUCUCCCUGGACCCCGCAUUCACUAUAUCCGGUCUCUCUGGACCCCGCAUUCACUAUAUCCGCUCUCCCCGGACCCUGCAUUCACUAUAUCUGCUCUUCCCGGACCCUACAUACACUAUAUCCGCUCUCCCUGAACCCCGCAUUCACUAUAUCUGCUCUCCCCGGACCCCCCGCAUUCACUAUAUCCACUCUCCCCGGACCCUGCAUUCACUAUAUCCGCUCUCCCCGGACCCCGCAUUCACUAUAUCCACUCUCCCCGGACCCCACAUUCAGUAUCGUGAUUUGUCUGUUACCAAGACUAUUGGACUCCCUGCCCAGUGCAGAAUCUGCCAGCCACUGACAUAGGUCCAUGCACACCAACAAUA